AUGCCAAAGAAACCAACCAAGUAUGGAGUGAAAGUGUGGAUGAGAGCAGAUCCUGAAAAUAGUUAUUGCAACGAGUUUCAGGUUUAUACUGGGAGAGUAGUAAGAGACGUACAGGAGAAGGGUUUAUCUACCCGUGUUGUGCUUGACUUGUGUGAGAGGCUGGGAGGAUUGCAUCAUGUUAUCAACAUGGACAAUUUUUUCAGUUCUGUUGAAUUGUUUGAGAGGCUGAGAAGUAUGACUAUCUUCGCUCGAGGGACGGUUCGUAUCAACCGUAAAGGUUUACCACGCUAUCAUCUCUCCAGGACUCGUUUGGUGGAGCAAGGCGACUGUAACAUGGCUCAAAGAGGGAACAUGUCGGCCUACUCCUGGAAAGAUAAGCGUGCAAAAUCGCUGAAUAUGCACGACUCGAACAAACAGAGCCCUUCUUAA